AUGUGGCUGGCACUUUGAUAACCUUCUUAAAUAUCAGCUAGAAUAAGCUUUCCGUUUUCCCAUUGUUCACUGGUGAAUUUUAUACGCUGUAUCUAUAUUAUGCGUAUCCGUUUCAUCCUCGCAUGUACAGAUUCCGCUUAUUUCUUCUAUGAUGUUAUUCGUUUUUUUUAAUCUGCAUUUGCGAUGAUUAGUGUGUCUAUGUUGGUUGGGAUGAUUUGUCUUACAGAGAUUGAUAUGUUCCCUACAAGUAGACUGAUUCGAUUACGUUUUUGAGAUGAGUGCUUUUACAUUGUACUACUUGACAAACACAAAUUUUCUUUUAUUUUAUUUUAUAACUCGUGGAUAAUAAUUAUAGCUAAACAUAUCUUCUCGCCCCCUUUUUGUGAUAAUAUAAAUUUAUGUUAUUGCUUUAUUUAUUUUUCCACAACUCCAACUUGAAUAAUGAUAAAUGACUGAAUUUUAAUUGAUUAUAUUCUUUCUAUUACCCCACACUGUUGAUACUAUGAUGGGUACUGCAUCUUUGAAUGGUCUCACAGGCAGUGUACAGCUAAACAAAUGGUAAAUAGUAUUCGUUUUAGUCACAGUGCUAAGGAUGAAGAAAGUAAAUAUGGGAGAGUCACACAAAAUGCUGAGAAGGGAAAAAAACAAUUACAUCCUACUGUAUCAGAUGCAACUGCUCUCAGACGGUCUCCUAGAGGGACAUCAUCAAGGAGGAUAAUUUCUGAUCCUUCAAGUACUCAUAAGUCCGGGCAAUUUAAAAGGGGAGAAACACUGAUACGGGUGGGUAAAAAGAGAUCUGAAUUGGUUGGAAAAAAGAACAUGCCAAGUCCUUUGAGAAGAUCUGGAAGGACUGGGAGUUACUCUUCUACUAGUCAUUCUGAUUCUAAAAGCUCAGGUUCAUUGAAUUCAAACCCUAAGCCAAAAAAAGAGAAGAGUGUGAGACACUUGACAUUUGAAGCCAAAGAAGUAAAGGAAAAUGAGGAACAAGAUCUUGGAACACCCCAGGUUAAAGUAAGGCGAAUGACUGCCCGUAUGUACCGGUCUCUCUUUGAAUUGCCAAAAGAAGUGCCUGAUAGGAUUGACAAGUCAAAUCAAUGUGGCAACAAUAUUCGAGAUAAAAUUGACCAGUGCUUUGAAGGUUGCCAUUCUGAUUGUGAAGUCUCCAAGAAUGGUGCACUACCAUCUAAAGAUGGAAAGCUAAAAGAGAUGAGAAUUAGCUCUAGGUUGAGUGGCCCUGUGAAAGAUCUGGGUGAAAAUACCGCAACUCUGGAUUCAUUGGCACCAUCUAAGGCUGCAACUUAUGAGGCAGGUUUGACAUCUGAAAGGAUAUUGUAUGAAGAUUUUAUCACGAACACUGUUAAAGAUGAUAGAUGUAAAAAAUCGAUACCUUCUCAGAGCAAGGAAAUCACUGUGGGUGUGGAUACAGAUGUUUCUGCCACCUUGGCAAAGGGUGACAACUGCAACGUGAUUUCUGAUUCUGGUGACCUGUCAAUGAUCAGUUCCAAAAUUAUGGGGACUAACAAUCCAUCUAAUGCCACAGUUUUUGAGACUGGUUUGGUAUCUGAAAAGGUUCAGCCAGAUCACCACAGAGAAGAAACAUUUCCAUCAAGCAAUUCCAAGAAUGGUGUGCAACUACCUCAAGAUGGAAAAUCAAAAGAGAUGAUAGUUGACCAUCGGCUGAGUGAUCCAAUGAAAGACCUAGUUGAAAAUAUCGUCUCUCUAGGAUUGUCAGCAUCAUCUAACGCUGCGACUUUUGGGACUGGUUUGGUGCCUGAAAGCAUUCAGCCUAAAGACUUAAUCGGAAAUAGUGUUGGGUAUGAUAGUAGUGGUGACAAAUUGGUACCUUCUAAAAGAAAGGGAAUUAUGGUAGACAUGGAUUCAGAUGUUUCUGCCACAUUGGCUAAGGGUAACAACUGCAACUUUGUUCCUAGUUGCAGUAGCCCUUCAGUUCUAGCUGGCAAUAUAAUGGGGACUGAUGGUUCACAUUCCAAGCGGAUAAGGUUGGAUUAUAAUCCUGUAGUCAGCAAGUCUUGUAACCCUUCUACAACCGAGCUUGAAGAUGGGGAUUCUAUUGCUGCAAGCAUGCUGCAGGACUCUCAAAUUGAUAAUGAAAAAGAAGUUGGUUUAAUAACUAAUUCCAUGAAGAGUGGCACUCAACUGAAGGAGAGAUUGUCAAGUCAUAAUCCAUACAGAUGCAAGUCUGACUCCUUUAGGUUUGUUGAGUAUUGGGUUCCUGUACAAAUAUCUAAUCUGCAGCUUGAACAGUAUUGUUCUAUUUUACUGUCCAAUGCUUCUAUUCUGCGCUCCUCAUCAAAGGUUGAUAGCGUUGAGGCUGUCCAUGAUGUUCUUAUAUUAACUCGGAAGUGUUGUAGUCAUCCCUAUCUUGUUGGUCCAGAAUUGAAACCUUCUCUUAACAAGGGUCUCCAACCGACUGAGUAUCUUGAUUUUGAUUUAAAAGCAAGUGGCAAGUUGCAACUUCUUGAUUCAAUGCUUGAGGAGUUGAGAAAAAAGGAUUUAAGGGUGCUCAUUCUUUUUCAGUCUAUUGGAGGUUCUGGAAGAGUUAUAGGAAAUUAUUUGGAAGAUCUACUUCGACAAAGAUUUGGUCCAGAUUCGUAUGAAAGAAUUGAUAAAAAUAUUCUACCUUCCAAGAGACAAGCUGCCAUGAAGAAAUUUAAUGACAAGAACAACAAACGAUUUGUGUUUUUGUUAGAAACAUGUGCUUGCCUUCCAAGCAUUAAAUUGUCGUCUGUUGAUUCUAUUAUUAUAUUUGAUAGUGAUUGGAACCCAAUGAAUGAUAUAAGGUCCCUUCAGAAAAUAACACUUGAUUCACAGUUUGAAUUCAUAAAAAUAUUCCGGUUAUAUUCAACUUUCACUGUUGAAGAAAAAGCCUUAAUCCUUGCUAAGCAAUGUAAGUCAAUAAUUGACUUCAAUUUACAAAACAUAAACUGGAGUACCAGUCAUAUGCUGUUGAUGUGGGGUGCUUCUUGUCUAUUUAAUGAACUCAAAGCUUUUCAUGAUGGUGAAACUUCUGCAUCAAAUGUGAAAUCCUUGUUUGGGCGACCAUUUCUAAAAGAAGCAAUGCAUGAAUUCUCAUCGCUACUAUCUCAGGAUGGAGAACAUAUUGAUUCAAGCAACAGUUCAAUCUUAUUGAAAGUGCAGCAAAAUGGGGGAACAUACCAGGGAAAUUUUUCUUUGCAUGGGGAGAUAAAACUUGGGUCACUGGAUGAAGAGCCAUCCCAAUUUUUUUGGACAAAACUUUUGGACGGAAAACAGUUUCUGUGGAAGUACUUAAAUAAUUCAUCUCAGCGGAGCAGGAAGAAAGUUCAUCAUUUUGAGAGUUCAGUCAAUGGGCCUGAUAAUGUAAGUGAAGGAGCAGCAAAGAAGCGCAGGAAAGUUAAUAUUAUUGAUCAGCCUUCUUCAAAAUUUGAAGAUGAAAAGUUACCCGCUGGUAGCAAGGCAGGAACACCUGGAGAUUUAGUGGAUAGAUCUCAAGGAGACAAUGUUGAAUCUGAGCGAAAAAGAGGACUGCAUGAUGAGCAGAGUAGGUUACAUAUUUUGCUGAAGCCAGAGAUCACAAAGCUUUGCGAUUUACUUCUUCUUCCGGAUAAAGUCAAGAGUGUGAUCGAUAAAUUUCUUGAAUAUGUUAUGAAUAACCAUGAUGUCAAUAGGGAACCAUUUUCGAUAUUACAGGCUUUUCAAUUAUCUCUGUGUUGGACUGCAGCUUCUUUGCUAAAGCACAAACUCGAUCCCAUUGCCUCUCUUAUAAAAGAUUUGAACUUUGUGUGUAAGAAAGAAGAGGUGGACUACAUUUAUUCUAUGCUGCGUUGUUUGAAGAAAAUAUUUUUAUAUCGUACAGGAAGUUAUAAUGAUACCGAUGCUCCAAAAGCAUCCGAACCAUCAGAUGGGGUAUGUACCAGAGUUGAACAGGAGGUUGAAUUGUUCAAAAAAGAUAUGUGUAAAAGUAUUAAAGAAAUUCAGAAGAAGUGCAAAAAGAAGCUGAAGAAGCUAUGCCUUUUGCAAGAGGAAGAGAAGCAAAGGUUGAAGGCACAUAUUGAGGAGGAAGAGGCUAAAUUUGAGGAAGGGUACAAACUACAGUCAGCUGUUAUACGAUCCUGCUCUCCCAAUGAUGUUAUAAGAAUGGAAAAGCUUAGGGUUUUGAAUAUUGAAUACGAAAAAGGAAUUGAAGAACUGAAAUGUCAGCAUGAAACACAACUCAAGGAUCUUGAGGCCAAGCAAUCAGCUGACAAACAGAAGUUUCUAGAAAAGGAGGCUGCUUGGGUAGAAGAUGUGGAAUCUUGGGCACAAAAUGAACUUUCUAAAAUAGUUGCCUCAAAGGAACUUGGGACUGGGGUUGAGUCCUUCCAGACUUAUGGUCAAGUACAACCUGACAAUGUUCUUAAGAAUCACUUUGCAGAGGGAACGGGUCAAAAUGAUAAGGUUAAAGCCAUCACAGAGACUGUCACCGAGAAUUCACCUUUAUCUGAUGAAAGAAUUGCUAACAGGGCUGCAGUAAGUUUGUCGGGUAGAAAGGAACGUUUGGGACAGCAUGGGAUUAUCAAUACUACAGAUUCAACAGAAAAUGAUGGUGCGGUGAAUCCUCCUUCAUCCAUGGAACAUGAAUCUGAUGGAGGUGCUGUAAAUGAAGUUUCAUAUAGAGAAUUAAGAUUGAGUAAUGGUCCUGAUAACAAUACUCAUUCGAGUCCGUGGCAUGAAAACUCUGGAGACUCUUCUAGCAUACUUAAUGGACAUAUUCCAGUUGAUGAGCAAGAAACUAGAAAUGAACUGGACACUGUUUGUACAUUAGUAAGAGAUGUGCCUCCGGAAACAAGUGGGAUUUUCAAUUUUACCGAGUGUGUACAGGAUGCAUCUCCUUUGAAUCCCCCGUCAUCUAUGACUCAAAUGUCUGAUGAAGGUCGACUAGAGGUCCCAUGUUUAGAUAGGGUUUUAUCACCAAGGACUUGUCAAGGUGCUUGUUCAGGUGAUGAAGGUCCAAAUAAUAUAUCCAUUUCAAAUCCACUUUUGGAGCAACAAACUACUGAUGAUGUUCCUUUGAGUAUUCCAGCAGCGGCUGAUUGUGUUGAUGAUAUAGAGGAUUUAACAAGUGCUGUGUUGGUGGCUAAAAGGACCACAUCAGAAGAGCAGGAAGGAGCACCUAAAACCAUUCCAGAAUUGUCCCAAGAGUCUCCAGUAUCCAGAACAUUUAAAGUCAUGGAUCUUCGAGAAAAAGAUGCACAGUUAUCUAUGGGCUCCACUCCUGACCAUGAAAAGUUUAAGGAAUUGCUGCAUUCUUCCGAACAAUCAGAACUGGUACCUAGUACAGUUGAUGCUGUACCAGCCGAUCAGGGGCAACAAUUACUAUCUGCGGAGCUUCCGUCUUCCCACCUUAAUUGUUUAGAAACUGAAGUUGAACAUCAGCCAACUGUGGUUCCAAGUCAAGAUGUGCAAUCUGACUCAAACUUGGAACAUUCACAUGGGCACCCUGCCUCAUAUUCAGACCCUAAUACAGUUGCACCUAGUGAAGUAAGAAUGCAAUCUACAAACACAAUAAAUUCUUCAAUUCCUCUGGAGAUCAAUUAUCCACAUAUGGAAGCUGAAAUACAUUCAGCUUCCAGAAACCUGCAUUUGAGCUAUUAUGAUCCACUCAAAAUUGAAUUGGAUAGAAUACGAAAAGUAGCAGAUCAAACAAUGAUAAUCUAUGAAAAAAAGACUAUGGAGUUGAAAUCUGAGUUUAAAAAGGAAUUAGAAGAACUCCGCAGGAAGUACGAUAUUAAAAUUCAAGGGAUAGAAACUGAAUUCGAACAAAGAAAGACGACUCUGGAUACAAGUCUUAAUGUAGUUCGUAUGAAUAGGUUUUUGGCAGAUGCCUUUAGGGCUAAAUGCUCACAUCUUAAACCAUCGUGUACACCAGGAACGCUGCAAGAUUCAAGUUUUGCGUCACAGCAGUUGCUUCCGCCCUCACAACAACAGAAUGCUAAUUGGCCAUCUCUUGUUGCCGGUUCUUCUUUUGGUCCUUCUGCGACCAACCGGCAGGGUCCCUCCACAAAUGCUAGCUCUCAGCUAACGUUACAUCCUAUACGGGCUGGUUACAGUGCAUCACGAUUUCCCACCAAUGUUUCUGCAAGAUCACCAAUUAUCAACACCAUCUCUUUGCCUGUCGAAAAUCUUCAACCUGGUGGUGAGAUUCGCGCCCCUGCGCCGCAUCUCCAGCCUUUUAGACCGUGACAUAACUCUUUUUUUCUUCUCCCAGUGGUUGGGAGAUUCUUACAUGAUAUAUGGUAGGGCAAAUAUUUUCGUACUGAUACAGAUGACAAUAGUUUUUUUUUUACAUCCCUUUGUUCUAAUUAUAGUUAUGUAAAAAUGUAUAUAUGUAAUUAAUUGUCUGCCUAAUUUUCUCUGGCAUACAAUGAGUCAUGAAUGGCUGACGAUUAAGAUGAAACACAGGGAAUUGGUGAGCUGUAUAGUUCUUGAAACAAUUAGCAAAACUUUAAUACGCAACUGCGGAUUUGAAAGGGAGACAUUUUUAAAGUCA